GUGUCCGUCCCCUCCCCGGCGGAGCUGGAAGUGUCGGCAAAGGCCACGUCCCCGCCUCGGGCUGGGUCGGCUCCGCGGGCCGGCUCGCUUUCUCGGCGCCUCCGUUCGCGGUCCGGAGCGGGAGCGGGCUUUUCUUCACAAAACCCCCGUCGCGUUCUUUGGGCUCUGCCUGCCCGGCUGUUGCCGCUGCGUGUCAUCUGUCCCCAGCCCAUGCGCGCAUUUCAAUCCCAGGAAAGAAGGGGGGAAGCUUGAAAUAGUUUAGUUUUGUUUCGGGGUGUGCGCAAUCUUCUGGUGGCGUUGUGUUUCCUGAGGGAAACUCUUGGAGAAUAAUUGUUGCUUUCUGUGCUGUACUUGUGGUCUCGAGUUAAAGAGAUGAUCGUUAGCCGAGAGAUUUAAAGGUUGAAUGUAACCGAAGGUGGGGCAGAAAUUAAAAUUGGAACAUGCGUGACCCUUAAAUAGGUGGAACAAGAAUAUGAAUGGUUUUGUGAAGCUGAAACAGUAGCUUGCAAUCUUUUUGCAUUUUGCCUAGAGUUUCCUUCUCAUCUAAAGAACAAGUAUGGACCCUGAAACUGAGAUACAGAGGGAAGUAAACGCUUACUACUGCAAUAUUUGCAAAAUCCGGUGUGCUUCUGCAUUAAAUUUGCGGACUCACUUCCUUGGAUUCAAACACAAGACGGUUGAAGAAGCACUGAAAGCUCAUGGCAUUGUUAAAACAGCAAGUGGCUCAGGGGAGCAAGUGAAAACACCUGUAAAACUUCCUGAUUAUGUGCAAACUGAGCCAGAGAAGUUUCAUGGACAGACCUUGGAAGAACAGCUUAAUACGUGUAAAGAUUCAGAACCUGCACUUGGGCUUAAUUAUAUAAUUGAAUACAGAUCGAAAGACAAUUUCCCUUUUCUCUAUGAAUGUCAGCUGUGCAACUGUAAAACAGGACUGAGUAACAUGUUUAUGCAUGUUUGUGGUUCCAAGCAUAGACUGGCAUACCUGAAGCAACAUUAUCCUGAGAUAGCAGAAUCUGAUGAGGUUAAGGGUAAAGGCUCUGAAAUGAACAGAAAAGUUAGGCAAGUUGCAUCAACAAUUGAGAAGAAAGAAGGAAGAAAACAAAUAAAGGUUGUUACAGAUGCUCCAAUAAUGAGGAAGAGAUGUCAAGAACAUGAAAAGAAUGUUCAAGAGGAGCAGGAAAAAAGUCAGAAAGAACAGGCAAAACCAGAUGAGAAGGAUGAACCUAAAAAGGCUAUUGAAAGCAGCAAAGGCAACAAGGCUGAAGAAGGCAGCAAAGGCAACAACUCAGAAAAGUGUGACACCAAUAAACAAUCGCAGGAAGAAAGCGAGGAAGUUGAGCAAGAAUUUACAGCAAAACCUGAAGAAUUCACUAGUCAAGAAGAACUGUUGGGUUAUUUGCAAAAUUUUGAGAUACUGAAUGAAGAUGAUGCUUCAUUUAUCCUAAAAGUUACACAGACUCUUACACGUGCACUGGUGGAAUAUCGUCAGCAGGCUGCAUCAAACAGAGACGUCUUAGAUACCGAAUAUAAUGGAGAAGCAGCAUUGGAAUAUUCCACAGAACAGUCUGACCUGACUUCAGCAGAUAUUAGUGACUCUGAUACUGACUAUUCAAGCAGCCGAUCAGCUAAGCAGUCCUUAUCAGUAAAUGAAGAAGAUGAAUGCCAAAACUUUUCAACUGGCUCUUCGGAAACAGCAUAUGAGAACAACAUCACUACUGAAUUUUUGAACAGCGUAAGAAAUAUGAAUGUUGAGGAAGUUACUGCUACUCUACACAAAAUAGCAGCAGCAAAUCCAGCUUUUAGAGGAAUUGAUAUUCCGAAUGUUAUAAGGAUCCUGACUGAAAGUGGAACUCUGAGAAGACCAAGCAACAGCAGCACGCAGUGACAUCGUAGUUAAUAGAGUUAAUAUAGCAAUGUUUACUUUCUGUAAGUUUGUUGUUUUACUUAAUAUGAACUCAGUGUACCUGAUUUUGCUAUGUUCAAAUUUUGUACAGUGUUAUUUUAAUUAAAUUAAUAACUUGGUUUUGAGAUUCUUGUUAUUUAUUUCUCCAUAUAGCUGAAAUUUCUAUAUUGUGGAAAGGUUGUAAAGCUCAUGUUCUUUCUUUUCAUGUUAAAACAUACUUUUAAAACAGGUAACUGUUGUUUUUCUCAAUAUCAUUAAAUACCGUACAUUGACAGUCUGAUCUUUUCUUAUUGCUGGUUCUUUUACAAAGAGUUAUCAGCAGAAUGAACUACUGCAGUCAGCAGUACAAAUUAAUCCUACAACAAAUACCUGGAAGUUACUCCCUGUGGCUGCUGGGCCUGACUCAAAAGCUUUUGUAAUGAAAAAUCCUCUCCAGUAUAAGGAUUAUGAAUAGGUCUCCACAUAUUUUUUUUAAAUAAAGAUUAAAAAUAAUAAUAAUAAAUCAGUGCUGUCAGUCUAGUUCUGAGUUGAGAAGUACCUGGAUUAUAGCCCAUUUAGGGAGCCUAGAUAAUUGGAAGCUUUAGCAAAGUCAGCAGAGGUUGGCUAUGCUUGCAAAUUCAGGGAUACGUCCCAAGAGACCUAACCAGACUAUGGUUAAGAGGCACUGAUGUGGUAGCGAAAGUAUCUUUUGUCUUCUGUUAUCGCACCAGUAUGAGAAUGAAAUGAAACCUGGCUUGUACUGUCCUUCAGUUCAGGCUCUUUUAACAUGAACUUUUUUCCAACAAAAGCAGUAGUGGUUUUGACUGAAUGUAAAGGUCUAUACAUUAAUGAUGACUACAUUUGUGGGAUGAUGAAAAAUGUUUUGGAUGGUUACAAAUUAGUGUGUUUGGGAAAAAAAAAUUAAAAAUUAAAUUGUGUAAUUAAAAUUUGCUUCCUGCUUGUGAUGUUGGGUAGCAUUCAGUGGUUCUAAUUAAAGCGCUUCAGCUUUGCAGCCAAAUGCUGGUAUGAUAUAGACAUGCUGGGGCCAGAUGGUAAAUGAACCCUGUAAUGUUAACUUACAUUUUUGGGGGAGAUCUGGAUGGAAUUGAGAAUCCUCAUCCCGAUGGUUUCAAUCUUCAUAUCACAGAAUUCAAGAUGCCACAAAAAUAAGGUAACAAAGAAAGCAGCAACAAAAUUGGUUAGUUUUGUUCUAUGAACAGACACAGGAAUGAAAACAGUUCACCAAAAAGUAAAGAAAUUAAAACACAAAACGCUGCUUUAAGGAAAUUGUGAAGAAUUUCUAGAAUGCCUCUAAAUAUGUUCUUGUCAGAAGCAGAGGUGGAACCAGAGCUCUUAGAGCUCAUUUACUCUACAAUAGGGACAAUGUUAAUGCUUGCUUAAUGAACUCGGUCAGUAAAAACAUCUUUUAGUUGAGACGAAAUUCUGAAUUCUGUUCCUGUAAUGCAGAAAAUAAAAAUAGAAACAUCUUUUUUUGUUUGUUUGUUUUCAAAGGGCAGAACAUUCUAUUAAUUAAAAUAAUAAAAUCAGAAUGUUCAGCUGUUGUAAAUGGCCAUCUCUGGGACAGCUUCUUUUUCCUCUUACUAUGGAACCACUCCUAGUGGAAAUAAAUUUAAAGUUAAGUUGAAAUUA